AUUCAUAGUUUUUGAUUGUGGAACGCUUGGAAUUUUUGAAAGGAUUUUGAGUCGGAUAUAAAAGACCACUGAAGCUGCAGAAUGUCAUUCAACAAACGAUCACCAAAGAAUAACCAUGCUCUUAAAACUGGUGGUUGCAUUCUGCUGCAUUGCAGCUACAUUGGCUACUGACAGCUACUACCACGUUCAGCCACGAGGUUUCAUUCAUGAACAACCACAACUCCUGCAUGAGCAUCAGAAGCACGACCUUGAACACGGAAAUCAUGCUGCUCAUGAAUAUGACCAUGAAGGGCUAAGGAAGCUACACCAUCUGCAGUCUUCUCACGGAGCCAACAGUUUUGGGGCUGGAGAUGCACAUGCCCUUCGAGAUCUCGCUCUUCAUAAUCACCACGAUAAAGGAGCUCAUGCAUCUCUCCAAUUAGCGGGGGCUCAAGAAGGUCACAUAAACAAAGGCCAUGAUCGUGGCUUUUACGAGCGUGAAAAGAAAUACGGUUACGAAAAAGGUUACGGCUAUGAACGUGAAACAAAGCAUCACGACAGAGAUCACAGUGCCAAGAGCUUUGGCAGCGGAUACAAACAUAACGAAAACAAAGGUCACUACAACAGGGGUGCCCAUGCUCUACGCGAUUUGGCUGCUCAAGGACACAGAUACAAGCAUGGUUCUAAUGCUUAUGGACAUAAUAAUGCUCUUAUUGAUAUCGCUGCCAACCACAAUCGAGGAAAAGAUAUUCUAUCCAACUAUGGUAAAAAUUUUCAUCUCCGAGAUUUGAAUAUUGUUCGUCCCCAGCCCGUUUUUGUCUAUCAACCUCAGUACAUCCACCGAAGUCAUCAUCCCGGAUUGUAUAACUCUUUAGGUAGAUUUAGAUAUCUUAACGGCUUGGGUGGAAUCCGAGGAUACGGUUUAGGAUUACGAUACAAUCAUAGUCCUCUACGUUAUGGAUAUUCUAACGGACAUUUUGACAGCGAAAUUCUGUCUCCUAGCCACUCUUUUCUUGGAUUGAGUAAUAUACAUUACAACAUCCACUAGCAGGCUGAAAAGUUUAUUUUUGCGUUCGUAUAUUUGGGAAAACUAGAUGGACGUUUAAAGAAUGAGUCAUUGAUGGAAAAUCUCUUUAUGUUCUGAAUAAAUUAUUUUCUGUGUAAGUUUCGUUGUGUGUAAAUAAAUACAAUAAGAAUUUUCUUUCAA